AUGGCUCCAACGCCGAUCUGGGUGGUGGCACUACAGAAGCGGUCGCAGUCCGCGCGUAACGGAAACGUUGAAACCCCGCCGAUCAGCGCCUCUCAGGCGAGGUCGAGACGAUUCGUUAUUUCCGUGCAACCCGUCGCUGGUUCUCGCUCAACCCAUCGACAGGAGAAGCCGGCUCACUCGCUACCUCGGCCACCAUCGAAUCUCUCGCUCCACGGACCGAAACAGCUGUACUUGGACCGCCGUUGGCGUGCACUCAUCCUUAAGCCGCGGCCAGUGGCUGCUCUGAUCUCUGACUCAACGGGCAACACCAUCGCUAGCGCCGAGCCUGUCCCCGCCAAUUCCUCAGAGUCGGUGAUUAACAACGAGCCUACUGAGGAGCGGCCCGACGCACCCGCUCCUCCAACUGAGGUUCUCGUGAAUGCCGACGUAAUCGAGCCUGAGUCCACGGAGUUCGAGGGGACCGUUGCCGAGACGAACUCCUCUUCUGAGACUGACAAGGAGGUCGACAUCGACGACGAGAAGAACAUGGCCAACGGCCUCUCAUUCGGCGGCGGUGCACGCGGUGGCUCCGUUGGUGGCUCCUCGGGCGGCUCGCGCGGCAGCUCUGGUUCCAGCUGGCGAGGCUCGAGUGGCCGCAACAGUGGCGGAUACUACGGAGGCAGCUCGCGCUCGGCCGCUGGACACACGGAACUCAGCUUCGGCGUCGCUGUUACCGGCAUCCUCUUCGCCAUCUCGCUCUAA